UGUUGUUAAUGGGAUCAACUAUUCUUGCGUCUUCAGCUAAUCCUGGGUCGAGGACCUCAGAGGUCAUCAGUCAAAUCCCCCAUAAGAGCAGACAGUGACACAGCAGAGGAAAUACACUGGGAGCGAUGCAAGGGACGGAUGCUGCACUUCACAGCUUCAACCGAUAAUACAAACAGCUGAUAUUGUCCAAAGGAGAUAUACCACUUACAGAUAAAAAGACACGUCAUUCCUGGUUUCAACUGGAAAGAUUGUUCUAGGAUUAGUAGAAGUGAGGAUAAAAAGUGUAAAUCCUGUAUUCCUGGCACAACAUCGACACAAGACAACUCUAGAUAUGGAUUCCUUCAUGUCGCUGAAGCAGUUCACCAGCUGCGUGUCCGGAAAGAAAACUUCGGCCAAGAGAGUGCCCAAUAGGAGCCAGUCUGUCCGCAGAAACAGCUUAGCCCGCAGGAGGAGCAUCAGCAGGAGGAGAAGCGUUCCUUGCAACAGCCAGAAAGUCCAGGACUCCUGGCUCAGAGUGUACCAAGCUGAACUGAAGAAAGAAAGGAAACGACAGCAGGAUUUACUGGCCAAGAAGAACUCCAGCGGGUCCGUGAGAACAGCUCACUUUAGGAGCCAUCACUGCCUUCCACGGCAGACAACCAAUGUCAGGAAACCGGUAUCAUCAUCAUCAGCAGCAAAGGAUGCUUCCUUCUUUGGAGCUUUCCAAGGCCUCAGUCUGGAUGAACUGUUGGGAGGCACAAACGGAUCUCCUUCCGUUGCUGCUCCUUCUGCUGCCGGAGGAGAUCAGUGCAAGGUUAUGUGAGACUCGACAUUCAAAGACAAUCAGGCUGUGCUUGAAAGAUUAUCCUUCCAAAGAGACUUUGACCAAAGAGGGACCUGCACGUGGAAAAGCUUGUGGAGGAAAUGUGUUUUUUAGAGUUCAAACACCUUGUUACCAAAAAAAAAAAAAAAAGUGAAAAUGUUUGGAUGG